UAAUACAAUGGCUUUUUACAAUCGUCAUCCUGCUACGAUAAUUGCCUAAGUCACAAAUAAGUGAAAAUUUUAUUUUUUGCCUAAGUCAACCACUACAGUAUUGUGUAUCUGCUGCAAAAUUGUCCAAGUCAUUUGACCAAUCACAGAGCUGUUUCAGUGCAGUGUUGUAAUUCUGCCUUUGUCAAGUGUGUGAGUUAGGCAAAUUUCACUCUGUAUGUAAAGAUGUCUGAACGUGUAAAACGCGGGACUACAUUCACUGUAGAAGAAGCUGUAGACAUGAUACACUCUACAGACACAAUUGGGAGUGAACUUGAUAACUCAGAUGUGGAUACAAACUACAUUCCUACUGAUGGUGAAUCAACCUUGGAUAGUGAGCCUGAAUCAGCUGACGCAGAUGAUAAUGCUGAUGAUGAUAUUGAAUCAGCUGACGCAGAUGAUAAUGCUGAUGAUGAUAUUGAAUCAGCUGACGCAGAUGAUAAUGCUGAUGAUGAUAUUGAAGCAGCUGAUGCAGAUGAUAAUGCUGAUGAAGAUAUUGAAGCAGAUGAUAAUGCUGAUGAAGAUAUUGAAGCAGAUGAUGCAGAUGAUAAUGCUGAUGAAGGUACUAAGCCGAAGCGACGUAAACGUCCAGCG